CUCCUGCCUCAGCUUUCAGUCAGGGGGCUGGGAUUACAGGCGUGCCCUACUGUGCUUUGCUGCCUCUUUACAAUGAUCACAAGUGUGCAUAUCAGUGUAUUUAUUUCAUUUCCUUACAUGUUCCCUCAAACCUUCUCCUACUGAACAACUCUUCUUCAAGAAACAUUUUCUAUCUCCAUGCCUUAGUUUUGCCCAUUCUACAACUUCCCAUAUAUUGCAUCUUAUAAUACAUGUAUGAGGGUUUUUUUUCAUCCAACAUGAUUCAUUCUAGUAGUUAUUAAUACCAGUUUAAAUAGAACCAAGAUAUCUCUAACAGCUGACGUGUGUCAAAAUGAGAACAUUUGUGCCCACUGGACUCCAGGCCAGAUGCUCCCUAAAUUCUGGUAAAUUGUUCUUCCAACCCUGAGUCUUUCCAGGGCCUGAAAGUUCCUCACCCAGAACCGCCCAGACAGCCUCGGGCACCACCCAGAUGGCCGCGGGGCCGUCAUCAGGUCGCUUCCCCGAACAGCUGCCCCGCUCCCAUUAAAACUCAACGGGGAACUGGCCCCUCCGCCAAGCAAAAUUAAGAUUCGUUUAAUUCCACGCAUCCAACUGCAAGACAACUGUGCGAUGCUUUGCUUUGGUUACAGAUUUGCAGAGUCCUUUAAAAAAAACGCAAAAAGAAAGAUGGGGAAACCCGCUUAUCUCAGGGACAGUGGAAAUCGGGCCUAAGCGCAUAGCCAAGGAUUGAGAAUGAAGUCUUUUCUUUUUUAAAUAAACGGAAGAGUCGCUCUCAGCUCCUGGCCCAGAAGGUUUCAAAGGUCGUCACAAGGAGGCCCGGGGGCGUUCAUCUCCCCAGCGGCCGGGAGCGGGGAGGGGGUUGCGGGGAGGGGAGGGCGCUCACAAAAGCGGGCCGUGUGGAGAGGGCUAAUGUUUCCUGUUUGCCUGGAACCCCCCUCCUCGGCCUCCCCUCCCCCUGCCCCCUCCCCCUGCCCCCUCCCAGCACUCGGGCGGAAGUGAGUUUGCUCCUUUGGAGAUUAAAAGGAUUCCGAAUUCCGAUCGGUCCCAAUAACCCGCGUUCUGAGAGGAGGAGGAGGAAGAGGAGGAGGAGAGGAGGUGAAAGAGGAAGAGGCGGCAAAGCAGAGAAAGACGGGGCACGCGUGCGUGCGCACACAGCCCGAAUUGAGGGAGUUGUGCAAAAGCCCUAGGCGGCCAGGGCACCGCGAGAGCAAAGCUCCGUAGGCGCGGUGCGGCCAAGGCCACCCGCGUCCCGCUCGGCGACUCGAUUCAGAAGGAAGAUGACGCUGGCGGACGCCGGUGGCGUUGGCCACGCGGCUUCCGAACUCGCCGCGCGGGGCUCUAGCCGGUUCCAUUGAUUCCAGCGCGCCGGGGAGGAGGCUCCGUUCGCAAGGCUCGGGAUCGGAGGGGGGACCAAGGCGAGGGCGAAAUGGCCCGAUGACAAAGGAAAUGUGAUCCCCUUCCCUGCCAAGGUUUCAGAGAAGACGGACGUGGAGAGGAGGAGGAGGGGCGCGGGGCGCGCGCGGAGCUCGGAUAGCAUUGCACGACGGCCCGCGCGGAGCGGGUACAUCUAAUAUCUUCCUGCCGAUGAAUAAUUCAGGGAGGCCCGCGGGGACCUGCGGCCCUGCGCUGCGGCGCGGCUAACCGGAGGGGAAGGAACGCACGAGAGAAGCCCAGGCCCAGGAUCAGCGAGGCGGGGGGACACGAGGGCGCCGGGGCCGCGUGGGACGCGCGUGCGUGUUAGCGCUGGUUACCGCGGCCAGGCCAGGCCGGGCGGGCGCGCGGGAGACUCGAAGCGCGUGGGGCGCGCGUGCGUACUGCGCGCGUGCGGCGGCAGCCCGGGUCGCACGAGGUGCAGUUGCACUGGGGCCGACCGCCCUGAAGGGGAGGCUGCGCCUGGGUCCGCAACGCAAGGCCGGGAGCGCCGCACACCGGGCCACCCAGGAGCCCCGGGCUGCCGCGUCAUGCGGCGGGGCGGCUGGCGUCGCGCGGCCAACACCAGCUUGGCGAUUUGCUGCUCCCGCCUUUCCAAGAUCGGAGCGCUUUUCCCCAAGAAGAGACUAAAUCCGUGUAGCGAAAAGCCCUAUAACACCAAAUAAUUCGUCGAACCAAAUUUGUGUUAUCGCCGGGCGGGCCUGGAUUCCACCGCGGACUCGCAAUUUGGGGACUACUCUAGGUCGGUGCCUAGCGAAGCACCAGCUGCCGCAGGGACUACACUGACCCCCCGGCUCCUGGUAGCCACGCGCGUGUCAGGGCUUGUUCCGGCGCUCCCGCUGGGGAAGGCACGCGGCGCCCACGUCCUCCGGGAGGAAUCCCUCCGUGUCUCCUCUGGACAGUGGCAUUUAAUGCCCGCGGUGGUAGGGCUGGCAGGGUGCAGGGUGCACGCGGCGAAGCCGAGCGGAGCACGGCGCCCCAGGGUCGGCACCCGGCACGUUCGUCUAAUCGAUGCAUUUUUCUAACUGAGCCCCCCCCCCCACUCCUCCUCUUCCUCUCGGGUCUCCUCCCUCUUCUGGGCCGGCUUGCAAAUGGCUUCGUUCCCCGAGACCGAUUUCCAGAUCUGCCUGCUGUGCAAGGAGAUGUGCGGCUCGCCGGCGCCUCUCUCCUCCAAUUCCUCCGCGUCUUCCUCAUCCUCGCAGACGUCCACGUCGUCCGGGGGCGGCGGCGGAGGCCCCGGGGCGGCGGCGCGCCGCCUACACGUCCUUCCCUGCCUGCACGCCUUCUGCCGCCCCUGCCUUGAGGCGCACCGGCUGCCAGCGGCCGGCGGCAGCGCCCCGGGAGAACCGCUCAAACUGCGCUGCCCCGUGUGCGACCAGAAGGUCGUCCUCGCCGAGGCGGCGGGCAUGGACGCGCUGCCUUCGUCCGCCUUCCUACUCAGCAACCUGCUGGAUGCCGUGGUCGCCACGGCCGACGAGCCGCCGCCCAAGAACGGGCGCGCCGGCGCCCCCGCGGUAGCGGGUGGCCACAGCAACCACCGGCACCACGGACACCACGCGCACACGCGCGCGGCCGCCUCCGCGCAGCCUCUCCCGCCCGCGCCACCGCCGCCUCCGCCCGCGCCUUCCCGCUCGACUCCCGGCGGCCCAGCUGCCUCCCCGUCCGCUCUGAUGUUGCGCCGGCCCCACGGCUGCAGCUCUUGCGACGAGGGCAACGCGGCUUCGUCGCGCUGCCUCGACUGUCAGGAACACCUGUGCGACAACUGCGUCCGCGCGCACCAGCGCGUGCGCCUCACCAAGGACCACUACAUCGAGCGCGGCCCGCCGGGGCCCGCGGCCGCCGCCGCCGCUGCCGCCGCCGCCGCCGCGCAGCAGCUCGGGCUCGGGCCACCCUUCUCCGGCUCGCCCUUCUCCAUCCUCUCGGUGUUUCCCGAGCGCCUCGGCUUCUGCCAGCAACACGACGACGAGGUGCUGCACCUGUACUGUGACACUUGCUCUGUGCCCAUCUGCCGCGAGUGUACAAUGGGCCGCCAUGGUGGCCACAGUUUCAUCUAUCUGCAGGAUGCACUACAGGAUUCAAGGGCACUCACCAUCCAGCUGCUGGCGGAUGCACAGCAAGGCCGCCAAGCCAUCCAGCUGAGCAUUGAGCAGGCCCAGACCGUAGCAGAACAGGUGGAGAUGAAGGUGAAGGUGGUACAGUCAGAAGUCAAAGCUGUGACUGCCAGGCACAAGAAGGCCCUGGAGGAGCGGGAGUGCGAGCUGCUAUGGAAGGUAGAGAAGAUCCGCCAGGUGAAGGCCAAGUCUCUGUACCUGCAGGUGGAGAAGCUUCGACAAAACCUCAACAAGCUAGAAAGCACCAUCAGCGCCGUCCAGCAGGUCCUGGAGGAAGGUCGGGCCCUGGAUGUCCUGUUGGCCCGAGACCGGAUGCUGGCCCAGGUGCAGGAGCUGAAGACCCUGCGGAGCCUCCUGCAGCCUCAGGAAGAUGAUCGGGUCAUGUUCACACCCCCAGACCAGACACUGUACCUCGCCAUCAAGUCAUUUGGCUUUGUUAGCAGUGGAGCCUUUGCACCACUCACUAAGGCUACUGGUGAGGGCCUGAAGCGGGCCCUCCAGGGUAAGGUGGCCUCCUUCACUGUCAUUGGUUACGACCAUGAUGGUGAGCCACGCCUCUCAGGAGGUGACCUAAUGUCAGCUGUGGUCCUGGGUCCUGAUGGCAAUCUGUUUGGAGCAGAGGUGAGUGAUCAGCAGAAUGGGACUUACUUGGUGAGCUACCGGCCCCAGCUGGAGGGUGAGCACCUGGUGUCUGUGACCCUGUGCAACCAGCAUAUUGAGAACAGCCCCUUCAAGGUAGUGGUCAAGUCUGGCCGCAGCUACGUGGGCAUUGGGCUGCCGGGCCUGAGCUUUGGCAGUGAGGGCGAUAGUGAUGGCAAGCUCUGCCGCCCGUGGGGAGUGAGUGUAGACAAGGAAGGCUAUAUCAUCGUGGCCGACCGCAGCAAUAACCGCAUCCAGGUGUUCAAGCCUUGUGGCUCCUUCCACCACAAAUUUGGCACCCUGGGCUCCCGGCCUGGGCAGUUCGACCGACCAGCUGGGGUGGCCUGCGAUGCCUCACGCAGAAUUGUAGUGGCAGACAAGGACAAUCAUCGCAUCCAGAUCUUCACCUUUGAGGGUCAGUUCCUCCUCAAGUUUGGUGAGAAAGGAACCAAAAACGGGCAGUUCAACUACCCUUGGGAUGUGGCAGUGAAUUCUGAGGGCAAGAUCCUUGUGUCAGAUACGCGGAACCACCGCAUCCAGCUAUUUGGGCCUGAUGGGGUUUUCCUGAAUAAGUACGGCUUCGAGGGGGCUCUCUGGAAGCACUUUGACUCCCCACGGGGUGUGGCCUUCAACCACGAAGGUCAUUUGGUGGUCACUGACUUCAACAACCACCGGCUCCUGGUCAUUCACCCCGACUGCCAAUCAGCACGCUUCCUGGGCUCAGAGGGUACCAGCAAUGGGCAAUUCUUGCGCCCACAAGGUGUGGCCGUGGACCAGGAGGGGCGUAUCAUUGUGGCUGACUCCAGAAACCACCGUGUGCAGAUGUUUGAAGCCAACGGUAGCUUCUUGUGCAAGUUUGGCACUCAAGGCAGCGGCUUUGGGCAGAUGGAUCGCCCAUCUGGCAUCGCAGUCACUCCUGAUGGCAUGAUUGUCGUGGUGGACUUUGGCAACAAUCGAAUCCUCAUCUUCUAAUCGCAUCUUCUGGGUGUCUGUGUUUGGGGUGUGUGUGUGUGUGUGUGUGUGUGUGUGUGUGUGUGUGUGUGUCCAUUUGAAUUUCAAAGAGGAAGCAGUCUCAGGGAUUCUUUUUCUUUUUUUAAAGAGAACAAGAAAAGUACAACAUUACUUAAGUCCUACCUCAUCUUUAAUUUUUUACAGAUGAAUGUACUUACCUUUUGUGCAGGGAUUGAGCCUGUGAAGUGAUCAUUUCUAUCUACCUCAUAAAUCUUUGCAUGUCCUUCUCCAGCAGGCCCUCUUCCCUCCUCUGUGAUGGUAACAUUCCCUCUUCCCCAUGUGGGCAAGACGUGCACAAGCCUGACUGCAAGGGCACUGGAUGUGUGUGGUGGGUGCAUUCUGUAGAUUGAGCCAAGGAAACACAAAAACUACUAUAAAGACAGAAACUAAAACUAGGAAAAGUGGGAUUAAAAUUCAUAGAGCAUUUGUGUUCUUGAGAAUAUUAUUCCUGUGGGGUUAGAUUGUGUUGUGUGGUUUGAUCUUUUUGGAAGAUUGUCUUUUUUUCUUUCUUUUAAAUGCUGCAACAGAAGGCUUUCCUGUUCUUAACUCAAGUGUUUAACAUAUUCCCUCAGUCUUUUUUUAUCCUUAGGAGAGGUGACUGGCUUGCUAGCCAAGAAAAGCAGAUCAUUUAUAUCUUAGGGUGGUUAAAUUUUAUUUCUUGAAGGGAGGAGUGUGUGUGUGUGUGUAUGUGUGUGUGUGUGUGUGUGUGUGUGUGUGUUUUAAAGCCAUCUUGCACCCCAGUAGUGAAGUUGGAAAUGACAUACCAUAUCCCAAGGAAGCGCCCCCCCCCCCCCUUUAAUACUUCUGAGACAUAGAUGUAGCUCAGGACUCUUGAUUAAAAGUAUUCUUGAAAGUUUUUUUAUCUUGUUGGAUAUGAAGAGUUAGGUGGAAGGAAGAAAACUCAUCUUGCUGAGAGGGUUUUCAGACAUGGACUAACUUGCUGCAAGAGCAAGUAGAGGAUACUCAAGAUGCAAGGCACCCCCCAACUAGGGACUGACUGACUGACUGACUAUUGACUGUUCUGGAGGGGCAGGGCCAUACCUGACCCUGGAGUGAAUGUACUACAAUGCUAGGAUUUUCUUUUUCUAAGAAGAGUCAAUAGAUUAAGGAAAAAAAACUUUGUUUUAAAAGCACAAUUUUUUUCCCCCUGCUUUGGAAGUUCAGGGAAAUAGAAUAUUUGAAACUCAAGUUAGUGGGAACAGCCUGUUCCUACAUCCUCUGCUCAGGUCACCUUCACAGGAUCCUGUACCCAAGUUGUGCUGUUGUACUUCAUAGUUAACAUGAAGCUCUCCCCUUCCACCCCCUACCCAAGGCUUUGAAUGUAAAGGAUUUGUGAACCCAAAUCACCCCAACCUGAAAUAUAGGACAUUGUUACUUUGUUUAAACCUGUUACCAAAGAAUGAAAACGUAUCAGCCAGAAUUCUACCUCACAACUAGGGGGUUGGCAUUUGUCACUUUACAGGAUUUGUUUGCUGUAAGCCAGACUUGGGUACAAACAAACUUUGUGCUUCGAAGUAUUGUCUGUUUUAGAAUCCUGAGUGGAUCCUGUAUCCCUUCCCCCACCCCCCAAAA